AUGUUUUCCGCAGACGUAAGGAAGCGGGUUCCAGCUUCCGGAACUUGUUUUGGGGCCAGGCCACGGCGCUUUGAUCCGCAGCGCAGCCGGCCCGCCCUGUGGGCGCCUGCAGACCGCGAUGUGGAAUCGCGUGGGCUGCGGCCUCUCUGGGGCUCCUAUUCGCUGAGGCCUCUCCCGGCCUGGCCCCGGGGUGCGCUGCGUCAGGACCCAGCCCCACGCGUCGGAGGUGAGCGAGCAGGGUGCGCUCAAGGCCACCAGAGGAACGGCGAGCGUGCCCUCCCGGGGCGAGCGGGCAGCCCCACGGGGCACGGCCCCCGGGUGCCGCUGUGUCCUCUGGCCACGUCCCCCUGGGCCCUCGGGGGACUGCCCUCGGGCGGCACCCAGAGGGUCUCCCCGACGGCCCUGUGCUCGGGGGGCCUGCCCUCCCGGCCCGCGUCCGGGGCCCGGCCUCCCUGA